UAAAUUAGAAAACGUAUAAUUAAUCCGACAUAUAUAAAACUAAUCACAGCAAUGAGCUCAAAUAGUUUAUUUUACGGCUGAGGGUCAUACGAAAUGGCAACGCCGUGACUUGUGGACACGCACACAAAUACACUAUCAAAUUAUUUGUUUUCCUUUCAAGAAUCCGAAAAUUUAGUUUAAAAAACAUCGCCAAGAUACUGUUGAAACGCAGACGACGGCUUAGAUUGUCAGGACCUGGAGCGGUAGGAUACAGCAGAACCAACAACGACAUGUACCAACAGCACAUGGAUCUGCAUGCUCCGGUGGACCUUAACAAGUCCUUGGACGACAUGACGCCGGAGGAGCGCAUGCGAGCCGAACACCAGCUGAUGGUGGAAAAGCACAGGGGCCACGAUGCGAUGCACUCGGAAAUGGUGAUCAUACUGUUUGUCACCGUGGUGAUUGCCCAGGUCAUACUGGUGGAGUGGAAGAAGCGCCACUAUAGCUCCUAUUCAUUGAUUACCCUGCUGGCCAUGUGGAUCAUACCGUUCACGAUCUCGUGCUUCUUUGGAUGGAUACGUUUCAUUGUAAUCUGGGUGAUAUUCACAAUCAUUACGGCGCUGGUUAUGCGCCGUGCGAUAAGCAAGCCCAUACAGGGCACAACGCCCAGACUCGUCUACAAAUGGUUCUACUUCAUCUAUAAGCUUAGCUAUGGCCUGGGCCUGGUUGGCUACCUCGUGAUCAUGGCCGCCUUCAUGGGCAUGAACUAUCUGUUCUCACAGCUGCCCAAUAUCUGGAUGGAUGUGGGCCUUAUGUUCUGCUUCUAUGGCCUCUACAUUGGGGUGCUUGGCCGCGACAUAUCCGAAAUUUGUUCGGACAAAAUGGCAGCAGCCAUUGGCUACUAUGCCCCGCAGGGGAUUCCAACGCGACACUUGGAGCAGAAUGUGUGCGCCGUGUGCGGCAAUCAGUUGCUGGUUUCUGAAAAGGAGGAGGGCGUCAUUGAGAACACAUACAAAUUGUCGUGUAAUCAUGUUUUCCAUGAGUUCUGCAUACGGGGCUGGUGUAUUGUCGGCAAGAAGCAGACGUGUCCCUACUGCAAGGAAAAGGUUGAUCUACAGAAAAUGUUCCGCAAUCCAUGGGAGAAACCGCAUGUAUUGUAUGGCCGUUUGCUGGACUGGAUCCGUUGGCUGGUGGCCUGGCAGCCGCUCAUAUUCUUCAUAGUUUUAGGCAUCAAUUGGGUGCUGGGACUGGAAUGAGUCAAGCCAGCAUGCGGCAGCACCCUUUCAUGGUAGCGUAGCCCUUUGCCUCAGCGUUCCGCAGCGUCUAGUCAAGCAGCACACACCCGCAGACACCACAGAUUAAGGAUCCCAAAACCAACACCAACACCAAAAGCAAAAGCAAAAACACAGAGACCAAUUCUAAGGGGGGGAGCACAGGAGGCCCGCUCCUGCCCAUUCAUUCCCCAUAAGCACACUGCACCGCAAAAACACAUACACGCCCCAUAGGGAAUUAUUUUGCUUUUUUUCGGACGGAAGGCUGGACAUCCGGAUGUCGUUCACAAACAGAUACAGAUACAGAUACAGACACCUGUACGUUGCAUCUCUGUCGUAGCGUCGUACAUCGUUUCCAUUAUGCAGUGUUUUAAAAUGUAAAAGUUAUUGCAAUUUUAGAUAUAUACGAGAUAUAUAUAUAUUAUAUACUUAGCCUGUAUGCAUCAUCUGUGUACAUAUGUGUGUAUGUGUGUCCGUAAGGUUUAA